AUGCCUCCCAAGUUUGAUCCUAAUGAGGUGAAGGUUAUCACCCUCCGGGCCACCGGUGGUGAGGUUGGUGCCUCGUCGGCUCUUGCCCCCAAGAUCGGUCCUCUUGGUCUCUCCCCCAAGAAGGUCGGCGAAGAUAUCGCCAAGGCUACUGGUGACUGGAAGGGUCUCCGCGUGACCGUCAAGCUCACCAUCCAGAACCGUCAGGCGGCCGUCUCCGUCGUCCCUACCGCCUCCGCGCUCGUCAUCCGUGCGCUCAAGGAGCCCCCCCAGGGAUCGCAAGAAGGAGAAGAACAUCAAGCACAACAAGUCUGUUUCGCUUGA